CGCAGCGGGAGACGAGCCGGCGCCCGCCCGACGGAGAAGGAAGCGGCGCCUUCGGGCAGCCCACGGCCCGGGAAGAGCGCAGCCGCCGGGCCGGGCCAGGCGCAGAAGAGGGACUGACUCACUGUCCUGCCAUUUGGAGAGCUUUUGCUUUUCCAGAGCGGAAUGAUCAAACUUUAGCACCGAGUGCAGACUGAAGGAGCCGCUGUUUCCAUUUCAGGACAUUCCACGGGGCUGUUUCCACUUCAGAACAAGGUUGCAGUUGUGGCCGCCAUUUUGGAUCCUACAAAAACCUGAGAAGGACGAGGGAUGAACUGAGGCCAAGAGAGUCCCCCUUGGCUGGGCUGCCUCGCUGCCAUGGCGGAAGGGGCGUCCCUGCCCAUGGCCGAGUGGCUACGAGCCCUGCAUCUGGAACAGUACAUUGAGAACUUCGAGCGGAGCGACCUCUGGUGCGUGUGGGAUUGCCAGCACUUGACCGACGAGGCCUUGACCCACCUUGGGAUCCUACUGCCAGGUCACCGCAAGCGCAUUCUCUCAGGUCUCCUGAAGGCCUUUACGGAGUCUCUGCCCGCUAUGGAGUGCCCCAAGCUGCCGCCAAGAAGGCCGAUCCCCAUGAAACGUAACGUCUUCCGCAGCCAUGUGGGGGCUGCUACUUCUGUGACUGUGGAGGUGACCUGCAGUGGCUCGGUGAAGCUGGCUGGUGAGAAAUCCGCUGCUCAGCAGGAAUCUGAGACCCUCCACCCUGUACCGCCACCCAUCCCUCCGAGAGUGGGCUGCCGACCACCAGUGAAGUUUUCCUCUCCUGCUGUCUCGGAAUUCUCCAUGCCCUCUUUACCUGAGUCACCUUCCCUUCUGGAUUUUUCUUCUCCCUCGCCGCCCCUUCCGCCCUCUGGAGGCAGGCUUAGCCCGGACACGGCAUUUCUGGAAGAGGCACGGAAACAGCUGUUGCCCCCUCUGCCUGCCAAACGGCACCAGAUGGAAAGCAAGCCGCCCUCUCUGAAGGCACCUCCUGUGCCAGUCCGGCCUCCUACGCUGCCGCCAAGGGUUGCCGUACACCAGAAGUCAACCACCAGCCGCAGCGUGAAGGACGAAUCACGAAACCUGGAGGACCCACCUACAGCCCCCCCCAUCCUCUUUCCUCGGGUGAAGUUAGAGGAACCUCACAGUGCCCCUGCUCUGCCUUCAAAGCCUGCCUUUCUCUUCCAGACAGAAAUCGAUGAUUCCGACUACGAGGAUCCCCUGUUUGAAGAGGAAAUAGGUAUUCCCUCGGAAGAAAUGACUGACAAGGGACAGGUCGAGACCACCCCCGAUGGUUCAGCUCUGCGUUCCAUUCGGUUCAACAGCUUGCUCAGCGAGGACGAGUUGAUUGAGGAUUAUUUUAAGGAGGAAUCCCCCCCUGGCAACAACCACUGGAAUGGCUGUGGGCUGAACUCCCCCUGCCCUGGCAGCGCCCUGUCUUUCGGCACCUUGAGCUUCCACAUUGACAGCAUGGAUGGAGUCGACACAUCUGGCUACCCGUCACCUGUCAUCAAAGCAGGCUGGCUGGACAAGAAUCCUCCUCAAGGGUCCUACAUCUACCAGAAGCGCUGGGUGAAGUUGGACAGCGACUACCUCCGAUACUUUGAUAGUGAAAAGGACAUUUACUCCAAACGCCUCAUCCCAGUGGCGUCAAUAAGCCGAGUGGCCGGGAUUGGGGACCAGAAAUUCGAGGUGAUUACCAACAACCGGACUUUUGCCUUCCGGGCUGAGAGUGAUUCAGAUCGAAAUGAGUGGAUCAGGGCCCUUCAGAAGAUGGUGGACGAGUGGAAAUCCAAGUGUUUGGACAGGUUGUCUGCCCUGCACCUGUCUGGGGGCUGCUUUGAAUCCGUGGACAGGUGUGGCCUUCUGGAACUGCGGGGCUUCAAGCACAAGCUGUAUGUGACAGUGGCGGGGGACAAAGUGUUCCUCUACAAGAAUGCAGAGGAGUUUCGCUUGGGGAUCGGGAUCACUUACAUCGAGAUGAAUGUGGGAAAUGUCAAGGAUGUGGACAGGAGAGGCUUCGACCUGACAACCCCAUACCGGAUCUUCAGCUUUGCUGCCGAAUCUGACCAGGAGAAGGACGAGUGGGUGGAGGCCAUGCAGAACUCCAUCGCUGAGGCUCUCUCCAACUCUGAGGUGGCCGAGCGGAUCUGGACAGUGGAGGGAAACUGCUUCUGUGCGGAUUGCGGGGCCCCGAAACCCGAGUGGGGCUCCAUUAACCUCUGCGUGGUUAUCUGCAAGCGGUGCGCAGGAGAACACCGUGGGCUGGGGCCCAGCGUCACCAAAGUGCGGAGCCUGAAGAUGGACAGAAAAGUCUGGACGGAGGAGCUGAUAGAGCUCUUCCUCCAGGUUGGCAACGCCGUAGCCAACAAGUUCUGGGCUGCCAACGUGCCCCCCAGCGAAGCCAUCCAUGCCACGAGUGGGAGUCAGGAGAGACGGCGCUUCCUUGUUGCCAAGUACAGGGAAGGCAAGUAUCGGCGGUAUCACACUCUCUUCGGGAACCAAGAGGAACUCAACAAGGCUCUGUGCGCUGCUGUGACAACCAGUGACCUGGCCGAGACGCUGUCCCUCGUGUUCUGUGGGGCCGAGGUGAGCUGCUACUCAGGGGACCCCGCCUGCCCGUCACCCUUUAACCUAGCAGAGGAGGCCGGCCAGAAGCUGCAGAUGGAGUUUCUCUUUCACAACAAGACCUCAGAGAUCCCUCGGCUGGACAUGGACACCAGCAGCCAGAAUCUCUAUUCGGUGGCCCUGCCGUCCGUCACACACAAUGGCUACCUCUUCAAGACGGCCUCCAUGGCCAAGCCAGCCCAGGAACGGAAACCCCGGGAAGAGUUCAGUCGCCGCUGGUGCCGCCUCCACGAUGGCGUCUUCAGCUACUACGAGAACGAGCAUGCCACCGUGCCCAGCGGAGAGAUCCGGAUGCAGCAGAUUGUGUGCCUGGUGAAUCACCCGCCAGACACACAUGGGGUUACAAACACUUUUGAGGUGUACGUGGAUUCUGAGCGACUCUACCUGUUUGGACUGGACAGCCUGGAGGCAAUUCGGGAGUGGACGAAGUGCCUUGUGAAGUCUUUCAUCCCUCCCACCGCGGAGGGUCUCGUGAGCAAAGAGUUCGAGCGCCUCGGGCGACUGCAGUAUAAGGGCGGCCUGAACUUGGAGCGGGCAAAGGAGGGCUGGUUUGCCUUGGUGAACUCCACCCUCUAUGCCUACCUCGAAGGGAGCGAGAAGGAGGAGGCCAUUCACCUGAGGAAGCUCCAGGAGCUCUCUAUCCAGGGCGACAACGAAGUCCUCGUGCUGGUGGAGAGGAGAAGGACAUUGUACAUCCAAGCCGAGAGGAAGCUGGACUUCUUGGCAUGGGUCAGUGCUAUCCAGAAGGCGGCAGGGUGCUCCGGUGACACUUUGUCUGAACAGCAGCUGACGGAUUCGGACGUACCUGUAAUUGUGGACCGGUGCAUUGAUUAUAUCACCCAGUGCGGACUGACCUCAGAAGGGAUCUAUCGGAAAAGUGGGCAGAACUCCAAGACCACCAGCCUCCUCGAGAUGCUCCGGAAGGACGCUCGCCGGGUCCGGCUCAAGGAAGGAGAGCAUCAUGUGGACGACGUGGCCAACACACUGAAGAGGUUCUUCCGGGAGAUCGAGGAUGGGCUCUUCACCAAGGACAGCUCCCAGGCUUGGCUCAGAGCCACAGUCCUCGAGGAUAGCAGAGAAAAGAUCAGCCAAUAUCAGACGCUCCUGACCUGCCUCCCAGCAGUCAACAGAGCCACAGUGAAGGCCUUGAUCAACCACCUGUACCGCAUCCAGUGCUUUUCCGACGUGAACCAGAUGAACACGCACAACCUGGCCAUUGUCUUCGGGCCGACACUCUUCCAGACAGAUGGCAAAGACUACAAGGCGGGACGCGUGGUGGAGGAUCUCAUCCAGCGUUACGUGGAUAUAUUCAAUGUGGACGAGGAAGAGAUGCGGCGGCAGCAAGAGGAGAUCGCAGCCAUCAUGAGAAUGAGGAUUGCGGGCUCCUCCAGUGGGGCGCAGCAAGCUGGUGACUUCAUCUGCACGGUGUACCUGGAGGAGAAGAAGACAGAAGCAGAGCAGCACAUCAAGAUUCCUGCAGCCAUGACAGCAGAAGAACUGACAUUUGAAAUCUUGGACCGAAGGAAAAUUGUCACCAAGGACAAAGAUUACUGGAGUUGCUUUGAAGUCAACGAGCGGGACGAAGUAGAACGGCCUUUACACUACAGCGAGAAAGUCCUUCCCAUUGUGCACAGCUUGGGGAGGGACAGCUUCUUGGUGGUGAAGAGGCAGAUAUCCAUGGAGCACAUGUUGGUGUACACAGCCAGUAGGGUGGGAGAUAGCAAGCACGGCAUGAUGAAAUUCCGGGAAGAGAAGAACUUGCUGGGCCUGGGGCUGAGCACGGGCUUCCAUGACCGCUAUUUCAUCCUGAACAACGAGUGCCUGCGGCUCUACAAGGAGGUGCGGGUAUGUGGACGGAGAUCCCAAGCUGAGCCCCUUCUGCCUUGGACGUCUCCCCAGAGCCACAAGCCAGAGAAAGAAUGGCCAGUGAAGAAUAUGAAAGUCUACUUGGGAAUAAAAAAGAAAGCACGUCCGUCAACCUGCUGGGGCUUCACGGUGUUCUUCGAGAAUGACAAGCAGGAGAGGCAGCAAUGGUAUCUGUGCUGCGACACACAGCAAGAACAACGGGAGUGGUUUGCAACCUUCCUGUCUGUGCAGCAUGGUUCCAAUAACCUGUGGCCAUCGGAGUCCUCGAAAGUGCGAGCAUCCCGGAUCCAGCAGGAUUCCCGGCUGGGAAACAUCUCACUGAUACCUUUGCGGGGCAACGAGAAUGAGAUGAGGAACAGCGUGGCGGCCUUCACGACGGACCCUCUGACGCUGCUGCGGGAUCUAUGAAGCUGGAAGCCCGAAGUGUCAGGUUUGUUGGCGAGCAGAAUUCCAGACAAUCUCUUGGUGUUUUCCUGGCUGGACCAGCAAGGAGGGGAGGGGAAAACGGGGACCAACGGCUGUGCCCUUCAGACUUCUUGCUCUCCAAAAGGCCAAGCUGACUCUAAGAGGAACAAUUAAGGAAAUGGGUAGAAAGCACCAGUGGCCUUUCUAGGGAGGCUGGACCACCUUCUGAAUCAAGCAGUCACCGCUCUUGUGGAAGGGAGCAGCAGGAGGCAAAACCGAGUCCUGGAGUGGAGACCCCUCACCCGUCGGCAUGUGCCAAUUGGACCACCGAUCUGACAUUUCCAGCCUCCUGUGUGGCGCAUCGCCACCUUCGUCUCCCUCUGAGGGAUGGAAGCUGUAAAGCAUGCCCACUUGCUGAGAGGGUGAUGUGGACUGUGCAUGGUUGCUGGAGGUGCGCUGGAUUUUACCCGCCUUUGUUUGGAACUGAAACUUGGGCCAAGAAGACAUGAUAAUUUGAACGAUGUGCGAGGAACCAAAACCGCGUGCCGGCAAAGAGCCCUCGUUUAGCUUCCGGAGAGGACUGAGGAAAGAGAAGGAAAAGAUUUGUGGUGCCUGUCCUCUGCCUGGCUUGUUAGGAAUCCUCUUCUCUGGUGUCCGCUCAGGUGCAGAUGCUCGAGCAUCGGUCUUCCUUCCUCAUGUGCUUGACAAAGACACGGCCCCUUCCAUGGGACGUUGCGCAGAGAAGGAAGGAAAAGGCUUUGUCUAAGGUUCUGAACAAAAGACGAAAGAAAGGAGUUGGCGGUUUGAGCACUUCAUACCAGCCCAAUGUGGAGGGGGCAGGACACAUGUUUUUUGGGGGGGGGGUGCUUCCUUCUGCCUUCUUCUUCUGCGGUACAGGAAAUACAAAGUAUGAGACCUCUGCUGGCGAGCUGGGGGAAAGGGCAGGCACCAUCCUUCUUAGCCAACAUAAAGAUGUCUUUUUGUGUGUCUUUUUUUGUAAUAUUAAAGAUCUCUGGGGGGUCCAUUGAA